AUGCUAGUACAAAUUAAAACUGUUUUAAGUUAUUUAUCAAAAUUAAUUGAUAGACAAAAUGAUUUAAUUAAAUUGUUAAAUGACAAUAAUCAAUAUUUUACUUUUUUUGCUCCUUCUAAUCAAGCAUUAUUAAAAAAUGAUUAUUUACUUAAGAAUGAAUCUCAUAUUAAUAAUUUUAUAAAUUAUCAUUUAAUUUCAGUUUUAGUUCCACCAAAAUCUUUCUCUGAAACAAUAUCAUCUUUAAGUUCAACAUCAAAAUUUCAUUCAUCACUAAAAAAACCAAGUUUAUCAAAUUUAAUUGAUUCUUUAACAAAUAUAACUGUAUUUAUUACUAUAGAUGAUGAUAAUUCAUCUUCUUCAACUUCAUCAAAAUAUCAUAUAAUUAGUAAUCAAAUAAUUUAUUCCAAUGAUUUUAAAAAUCAUUCAAUUAUUGAAACUUUAGAUAGAAAUCAUUUAAGGGUUUUUAUUUAUAAUAAUGAAUUUAAUGCUGAUCAUAAUUUAAUCAUUGGCGCAACUUUAGGUGCCAUUUCUUCUGCUAUAGUUGUAACUACAGCUAAUAUUACAGAGAGAGUUCCUUGA